AUGGAUUCGAAGUUGCCGGAGGUUUAUUACAACACCUAUCGCCAAUACAAACAUGCCAAUAGCGUCCUUGUCAAGUGGGUUACGGAUACGGCGUUCCAACUGCGGAGCAAAAUGUGCGAUACUCCCCCCGACCCUCCUCCUGACUCAUCCGCCACGGUUCAACGCCGUAAACCCAGGGAUACCUGUGCGAAUAGGCUGAAGACUGGACGAGAUUUGGAUCCGGCCUCUCCCAAGGUCUCAUUCACGGUUUUCCUCGAACUUGUCGAAGACAUCGCCGAAAGCAAUGUGUUCAUCCCGCAGUCUUACGUCUCUCUCCUCGAGCUCUCCAUAAAACAAAGGAAACAGACGGCCGCUUUUUACUCCCCAGACGAGAACGCGUCGGAGGUCAACAAGUCCCACGAAUUCGCCAUCGACGCGUACUCGCAAGCUCUCUCGAUAUUCAAGGAGGCGAAGGAGAAGUCGGCGAAGAAUACGGGAGCUUCCAACGAGUUGAAGGCAUCCGUGGAAGGAGUUGACGAAGGCAUUGCGCUCAAUGGGGCCAUCCACAAUCUGCCGGUUCUCAUGGAAGAUACAGACCUCGAGAAUGCACUUGAAAACGAGUGGCUCCGCGAUAAUCCCUCUAUCAAGGCGGCGAAUAAAAAGGGCAAGGCUUUCCCCUGGAAGAAUAUCAACUCGUCAUGGACAACGACGAUUCCUCUACAAAGAAGACGAAGCCCAAGGAUGACGAAGAAGAAAGCUUCGAAGCUUUCAGAUGCUUCCUCCUCGACCUCAACGCUAUGCGCAAGUACUGCAACCAGGUCUGGGGCACUGUUGUUCCUGUUGGACCAACCAGCCACGUCGCUGCAUCCUUUGUCACCAGUUGGGUCGUGCAGCUUGUUAAGGAAAUGGAGCACGCUCUCGUUGCAGAAUUUCCGGUUCUGA